GAGGUUGAUCAAAUUCAGUUAGCAUCCAGAUGUUGAUUAUAAUUAUAGAACAUGUUGCUAACGGGAGAAAAAUCGAUAUCGAUAAUUAAUUAAAUAUCUAGAGUGAGAUCGACACUGGUACAGCUCAAGAGAGAGAUGAGCGGCACUAACACCACGGCGGCGACGCCGGGCGGAUCAAUCGGGCCCCACGCGCUAGCAUUCAGAGUAAUGAGACUCUGCCGCCCUACGUUUCAAGUCGACACCACUCCUCUCCGUUUCGAUCCCUUCGAUCUUCUCGCCGGCGAAGAUUUCUUCGACGAUCCCAUCGCCUCCGAUAAUUUCUCCAGUCUCAAAUCAGCCGUUGAUUCCCAAUCCAUCGGCUCCGAUUCUUCCGCGGACCUCACUUACCGUACCCGGUUGCUGCUUGAUCAGCCUUCGGAUGCUAUGGGCAUCCCGGGUCUUCUCGUUCUCCCCCAAUCUUUCGGGGCAAUAUAUCUGGGGGAGACGUUUUGCAGCUAUAUAAGUAUUAAUAAUAGUUCUAAUUUUGAAGUUAGGGAGAUCCAUAUUAAGGCAGAAAUUCAAACAGAGAGGCAGAGGAUAAUGCUUUUAGAUACCUCAAAAUCGCCUGUUGAAUCGAUUCGUGCUGGUGGACGAUAUGAUUUUAUUGUAGAGCAUGAUGUUAAGGAACUCGGUGCGCACACGUUGGUGUGCACUGCUCUGUAUAAUGACAAUGAAGGAGAUCGUAAAUAUCUCCCGCAGUUUUUCAAGUUCAUGGUUGCAAAUCCACUUUCAGUGAGGACGAAGGUGCGAGUUGUGAAGGAUACUACGUUUUUAGAGGCUUGUCUCGAAAAUAAUACGAAGUCAAAUCUGUACAUGGAUCAAGUCGACUUUGAACCAGCUCAGAAUUGGGGCGCUACGCUACUAAAUGCAGAUCAUCACUCCUCAGAAAAAGGUGAUAAAAUCAGCGAGGUCUUCAAGCAGCCCACUCUUAUCAGAUCAGGAGGGGGAAUUCAUAAUUACCUCUAUCAACUGAAAAUGGUAUCACACGGUUCUCCACGUAUGAGUGUAGAGGGAAGUAACAUCCUUGGCAAACUCCAGAUAACAUGGCGUACAAAUCUGGGUGAGCCUGGACGCCUGCAGACACAGCAGAUUCUUGGUAGUCCUAUUAGGCACAAAGAGAUCGAUUUGCAAGCUAUGGAUGUACCAUCUGUCAUCAACUUGGAAAAACCAUUUGAGGUACGUUUGAAUCUCACGAACCAAACAGAUAGGCUACUGGGUCCUUUUGAAGUUUGGUUAUCUCAAAGUGGUCUAAGCAGCGAGCAAGUUGUGAUGGUUAAUGGCAUUCAAACAAUGGCAUUACCUCGGUUACAGGCAUUUGGGUCGUCAGAUUUCCAUUUGAACCUGAUCGCUACUAAGCUGGGGGUUCAGAAAAUCACAGGCAUAAUAGUGUUCGACACGAGUGAGAAAAAAACUUAUGACCCUAUGCUUAAUUUAGAGAUAUUUGUUGAUGCAAACUGAUCAUUGUGCACUUUUGCUGGGUUUCAUAAUUGCUGAGCAGCAGCUGCUUCUGUUUGAGAUCUGCAUACAUGACAUGAUACUGCUUUUCCAAAUCUAGCAAGUGCUUGACCGCUUGAUUGAAUGUAUGCUGACGCUCUGCCAUAUCCUUUUGCAAGUGGAAGUCCUUGAAAUUGAUGGCAAUUGGCUUAUUAUCUGCGUUUUGGGGCUAAUUUUAGAUUUGCAAGGUUAGGUUAAUAUCUGUGCAGAAUCUUUUUAAAUUACUAAAAAUGAUAUGAAAUAUUUUAGAUUGACAAUAUACGUUGUCUGUUUGAUAGAAAAUACCAAGAAUAGUGUGAUUUGUGGUUCUGCCUUUGUACUGGAUAUUUAUCGAAUAUUGAAAUGUUAAAUUGCGCACAAUGCAAAUUUUUCAAUUAAA